CGGCAACGCAAGGACAAUCACAAGGAAGUGGAGCGAAAACGUCGCGCAGGUAUCAAUUCCGCCAUUCUAGAGCUGCAAACCCUCGUCCCCAAUUGCGAAGGCAAGGGCGUCAACAAGGGCGAUAUCAUCUACAAAGCAGCACAGUACAUACGCGAUUUGAAGACGAAUGAGGCGAAUAACAUCGAGAAAUGGACGCUCGAGAAGUUGUUGACCGACCAGGCCUUGAAUGACCUGUCGGCGCAGAUUGAGGCGAGUAGGCGGGAGGUAGAGAAAUUGCGCGAG